AUGAGUCCAUUACCCUACCCAAUUCCCCCAGGAGUCCACGCCCUCCCAAGCGAAUCCCUCGACCUCCGCCCAGACGAACUAAUAGAUCACCAAAUCCUCAAUCCACCCCCAAUAACAUCUAUAAAAAACAUCUGGUUCUUCUGGCACUCCGGCUAUCCAACAAUGCACCCCUACACAAAACGAACAGUCCGCGCCUGGCACCGUCGCUUCACAAAAAAAGGCUGGACAAUCCGAGUCCUCGACCAAUUAUCAAACUCACCUAACAAUGUCAAAAACUACCUCGACACGCACGAUAGAUCUAUAUUCCCUUCCGCAUUCGUCGAAAACAGACUAUCUGGAACCCACGCACUACAACAUACAUCUGAUCUCGUUCGCUGGCCCCUAUUACUAAAAUACGGAGGGGUCUACGCCGAUGUCGGCUUAAUGCAAAUCGGUGAUCUGGACGCGCUCUGGAACAAAACCAUUGCCGAUGAGAAUUCACCAUAUGAAGUUCUUUCCUAUUCAACGGGUGAAGAGGAUAGAUAUACGCUUGCGAAUUAUUUUAUGGGCUGUGCGCCUGGAAACGAACUUUUUACUCGUUGUCAUGAGCUAUUACUUGGCAUCUGGAACGAAAAUGGUGGUCGACUCAGUACAGAAGGAACACAUUCUUCUCCACUACUACGCGGUGUACCCCUAAUGGGAGGAACAUUUACAAUAACAAACGACGACGGAAGUGUAAUCUCAGCAGAAGACGCUGGGAAAAUGUUAACGGAUUAUAUUAUCCAGGGACAAGCAGCUACGGCUGUUAUGGGAAUCGUCGAUCCAGCAUCUAACUGGGAUGGACCGGCAUAUUGCAGAAAGCAUUUCUACGCAUUACCGUUUAUGGAUGGGGCGCAGCUUAUUAAUGAGUUUACGAACUGGGAUGGACAGAGAGCGUUUGAUCUGAUGUCUCUUUCUUUGCCGGGAUUUGGAGAGGAAGAGAAUGAUGAUCAGAAAGCAGCGAGGGAGAUUGUUGAGGCGUGUUUGAAGAGGAGUUUUGCGUUUAAGUUAGCGCAUGGGUUGAUUUUGAAGGUUUUUAAGUGUACGCUUGGGUCUUUGUGGAGGGGGAAUGAGGGGAGUGAUGUUGUGAGUGGCACUUAUGGGGAUUGGUUGAGGUUUGGGAUGGUGCAUUGGGCUCCUGAUGUUUUGAUGGAGAAUAUUGAGUUGCCUGUCAUUGAGCCGAUUAGGGUUGGGGGGUUGCUUGAUGUGGAGUAG